CUCGGAGCGCAACCGACCUGACCAUAAACAACGAACAGGCCUCGGAAUACGACGUCUAUUUUCAAAAUGCAUAAAUCAUCUCUACUCCUUCUUUUCACGGUUUUUACUACAGGAGUAUGGAGUCAGAAGUGCUAUGUCUGCAAGGACCAAGAUGAAAACACUGGAAAGUGUGCAACAACAGUGCAAGAAUGCAGCUUUGGAGAAAAUUACUGUCUUUCAGAAAUUAAAUGGAGUAGUACACUCUUCUGGGAGAUUGGUGCUCCAAUGCAGUAUUAUAUCAGCAAGAAAUGUGCAACAGAGGAAGAAUGUGUGGCUACCAAAUCAAAAUAUAUGACAUAUUGUCAACGGAUCUGGUGGAGAGAUUGGAAAUGUGCUGAAUGCUGCAAAGGUGAUCGUUGCAAUUACUACAUCACGCUGGGUUCAUCUACAGUCUCAUCAAACAUUGCAUUGAUGUUGUUGGCAGGAACACUCACACUUUUGCUCCCAAUGUUCCACUGAUCAUGAUUCUGCCCUUUAAAGUGUUAAAGUGAUGUGUGUAGAAAAUGCAAUGAUAUUAUAUGUCAAGAUGUGGACAGUUCAUAUCAUUGUACAAGCAAAAGAUCAAGCUAAAGUUUAACUUUGCUUUUAUCAUGAAAAAAAUGUCUCAACAAUGCAUUGCAUUUUGCAGUGCAGAUGCUAUUUUAGAUUUUAAUGCACAGACCAGCUGAAGAACACUGAUAAGUGAUAUUGUGUUGAGGCCAAGAAAUUAUAAAUAUUUCAGUUUUGCUGUAAAGAAAGUAAUGAUUCUUGAAAGACAACAGAAAUAUUUAGUGUUUAUAACAUAUCACAGUGUUUUGCAACUGUGCUAGUGUCUAACAUUAUCUUAUGUUAUUAUUAUUUUAACUAUGAAUUUAGUUAUUGAAGUUAAAAGAAAAUAUUAAAUUAAGUAUAUAGUAAAUAUACUCCGUCCAUUUAUCUGUCCAGAAUUUUUAUGAAGUGAUUUUAAUAUUUUGUUAUAUUGUUGGGCCUUUUAGAUGGUUAAUAUAUUUUAGAAGAAUUCUUGUAAAAGCAGAUAUUGAGGCAACCCAGUUCAGAGGAUAGAUUAACCCCUUGGUGCCGGGUGACGCCGAUCGGCGUGUACACAAAGAGCUCAAAAGCUGGCGUGCAGCCGAACGAGCCGGCGGCGCGCCAAAGUGCGGCGAGCCAGUGAUUCGGGCUGAUGUCCCUUACUCAUGCGCUCAAAGUCGGCGCGCCGCCUUUGUUUGUUUAAGCGUAGAGUUUUUUUUUCUUUUGUACACCUGGCGCCAUUGGGUUAAAGCAAUGUGUUCGUAAGCUGUCAGAAUAAAACUUAAUUUUGAAUAUUGUACAAUUUUUAGUUGAGUGAAACAGUAAUUAUUUGUGUUAUUACUUUUUGAAAAGACUGAAAGUAAAGGACAUGAGACUAAGAUUUCUUUUGCCUGUCAUAGGCAAACUGUUCAGACAUUCCAAGGCAAGUAUACAAGAUGUUCCAUAAACAUCAUAUUUUUAUAAUAUUGCUAUAAAAUAUAUGUAUAUUCCGUCCAUUUAUCUCUGGAAUUUGUAUGAAGUUAUUUUCAUAUUUUGUUAUAUUGUGGUGGUCCCUUUAGAUUCUUAAUAUAUUUAGAAGAAGAAUUCCUGUAAAAGCAGAUAGUGAGGAAGCCCAGUUCAGGAGAAGGAUUCCAAUAAGAUGUUUUUAGGCUGCUAAAAUAAGACUUCAUUUUGUAUAUUGUACCAAGAUGGUGUGUGUGCACAAAUUUUAACCAAGGAAAAAGGUAAUUGAUUGUUAUUACUUUCUGAAGGAAGGUAAAUGACAUAGGAGAAAGAUUUCUUUUGCCUGUCAUAGGCUAACUGUUCAGACAUUCUGAGGCAAGAAUGCAAGGAUGUUGGCAUGAAUUUUUUUUUUUUUUUUUUUUUUCUUCUUCUUUCUUUCUUUUCUUUUUCUUUUCUCUUCUGCAAAUACAUUAGUUGCGCCAAAUGUCUAGGGGUAUUGAGGAAAAGGCCACAGGAGUAACAAAGGAUUCUGGGCAGUCAGCCAAUAACUGAGAAUAAACCUCAGUCUCCAGUCAGUUUUGUUAAAAAUUUGUUGGUCUUCACUUGCUGUUCUAUUGACUUGUGGUCUUUGUUUUUGUCAUUUUAUUUUAUUUUCACACUUAACUUCUACCAUGAAUUUGAUUCGAGAUAAAUAAUAACAAUUAUUGAA